AUGACCUGGGACGAUGCUCAGAAUAACUGUCAGUCUCGUGGAGGACAGCUUGCAUCCGUGUAUAAUGACCUUCAAGCUUAUGAGAUUCAAGAGGAGCUGAAGCGUGCUGGACAUGAUCAUGGAGCAUUUUGGGUUGGAGGCCAUAAUAGUCCAGGGAAUCCUUCUUGGUCCUGGAGUGAUUAUAUGGGAAUGUCUGCUUUUGCUGACUUUUGUAAUGGAGACACAGCCAAAGAUGAGCACCACUGUUUGCAAAUAACUUUUAGUGAGGAAAAGAGUGGAUGCUUAGAGAGCAUGGACUGUGAAACUGAGCUCCCGUCUAUCUGUGGAAACAUUAUUAUGUAAUUGUGAAUCAACUCUAUAAUGCAUCAGUAAAAAGCACAAUGAUCUGCAUUUUUCUUUCUCUGUAUUUCCACACCAUCGCUAUGAUGCAAACAAUCAGGCAUCAUGUGCAAUGAAUUGGAGCUGAAUUUUCUGUAUGAUUAAAAGAAAGCUUUCUCCAGACCUUUACUUUGUAGAGUGAACUGUAUCUCAUUCUUAAAUUAAAACUAUUAGCAUUGCAA